GGUCGGCGCGUUGACUAGCGCGCUUGUCAGUACCCUGAAAGCGCUUGCACGCUGCAUUUACAGCGUAAUCGCGACUGCACAGUCGCAUCGUGGUAUUUUACGAACUGCAUCGUGCUGCGUAUCCUCGUACCCUCGUUUCAUCGUUGCUAUGUAUCGGUGAUGUAGACUCGUUAAUAGACGUGUUGAGGGUGUCUGAGCUUGAAGAAGGGGUAGGCGCAAAGAGUAGUGCCGGAUCUCGUUAGAGGGUCGACAAUCAAAUCUGGUAUCGUGACACGCGAGGAAUGACAAAAAUCAAUAAAAGAAACAGAUUUUGUGUUUCAGACAUUAUUUAAAAACGAGACACCAGUGUUGCCACGAGAAAAUCAACCCUAAUCUCCGUCAAACGGUGCAAUAAAAAUAUACAAUAAAUUUAAUUCAAAGAUUUAUAACUUCAGGGACGACUUGAAAUAUACUGAAUCAGCUCGUGCUAAUCGGGCGCUACUCGAUGUUUGAGAAAGUCUCGACAUGACACGAAGCUAAACAAAGUGUAAGGAGAUCCUGCCGCUGUCAGCAUGUGGACGAAUCACUUGAUAGUGGAUCUAUCAACACGCGUAUGGCCGCUGCUUCCGUGCUGUUAAGUACGUGGACAACGGCAAUUGUACUCGCGGUUGCCAACGUCUGUCAUGCGGAGUGCCAGACUCGUUCUAUUUACUGUUACGAAUGCGAUUCAUGGACAGAUCUCAGAUGCAAGGAUCCAUUCAACUAUACAGCAUUACCCAGGGAUCAGCCACCGCUGAUGACAUGUAACGGAUGCUGCGUAAAAAUGGUCCGCAACGCAAAAUCACCGUACGAGAGCGUGAGAAGAACUUGUACUGCGCAACUACAAAUAAACUUAUUCAUGGUGGACCACGUGUGCAUGAUGGAAAGUACCGGCACUGGUCACAUGUGCUUCUGUGAGGAGGAUAUGUGCAAUCGUGUACCCCCGACCUCGCGCUCGAAUCCCGUACUCCUGCUGAUCCUGUCGAUCAUCCUUAUUCUGCGUUCGGCAGUCUUAGGAGCCUCCGCUUGCUUUGUAGAACGUUGCAAUAAUCACAUCGUUUAACACCAAUUAAUUCGAUUCACCCAUCGCAGUGGUGUCCAAUCAUAUCCUUCGUAGAAAUUCUAGCGAGUCGACAACACGACCAUUCAUCGGAACGAACGAUCGAGCUGGCUUCGAUCCUGAAGCCUAAAAUAACCCUUUGGAAUAUUGAAGGAAGAAGUCAAAAGCAUAUGAAGCGAUGGAAAUUUGAUAUCAUUAUCAUUACUUUUGUGCCUUUUUCAAGUGCGUGUUACCGAUUUAUUGAGUCGUAUAGAAAUCAAAUAUAUUAUAUUUAUAUGAUAAAAAAAUUUUAUCAAAGUUACAUAUCUAACGAUAGAUGCUAUAGGGCAAAUGAAUUUGGUACGUGUUAAAAUGCUGAAAAAGAAAUUAUAAGAGUAGGUGACUGCAAGUAAAACGUAUAUUAAUGUAUUCUUGUAAGAAAUUCUGUUAUUUAUUAUAUAAUGUAGUUAAAAUUAAUUUUAUUAAUCAAUUUUUGUUUCCCUCUCUUGGGAGAUAAGCCCUUUAGGGUAACGCAAUAAGAUUAUAAAUUUUAAAUAAAAGCUGAAAGAAAAAGUAAAAGGAGCUAUUAGAUAUCAUUAAUAAUAAAUUUAUCUUAAUCAUAAAUUUAUCUUAAAAUUUGCAAUAGGAUUAGAUAAUUAUAACUGAACUGUAAUAAUAACAAAUUUAAUCUUCACGUUAGCGAGUGAGAUUUGUUCAAUUUGUGUGCAUCGUUCGUUCCGAUCAUUGGCCUUAGACAGCAUCGAUAGUACCUAGGCGUUUUUCGUGUAGAAAUCAUCUCAAACUGUCUAAUCGAUUUUUUUCUGAUGCGCUCGGAACAAGUCCGAAUUCUCUAUUAGUUGCUCUUCGAGCAAGCACGGCUAGUAUCAUUGCAAUACAUUCGUGACAUAAACUUUGAGGAAGGAAUUUUAUUAAAAAGAAGAAGUUAUUAAAAUAUAAACUAAAA